AUGUCUGUGGACAACAGCUUCGAUAAUUUUGAGUAGUUGAUGUUUCCCUCCUAUGAUGAUAUGGAAAACAGAGAGAAGAUAGAGGAGUAAUACAUUUUAGAUCCGAUUCCAUAAGAAUAGGAAGACAAGCCAAUACUCCAAAAUCCAGCUAAUAAUGGGAAAACUUACUAACAAUUAUUCGAAUUAGUUUAACGAUUAAAUGACAUUAAUUGGGUGGAACCAUUAUCAAAAAUCACUCCUAUCAAGUACUUGACUCCAAUUACUUACUGGUUCAUCGUAUGUUCCCAAUACUUUCAAAACGAUGCUGAUCCUAAAAUCAUCAAGAAUGCCAACAAGUCCAAGAAGAAACUGCUCGUCCAUACACUUACUUUGACGAUUGAAACAUAGUAAACUAUAAUCUAAGAUAGAUGGUUAAAAGAAUUACCACCCAAUAAUGAUUUGGAAUUAUUGUAGACUGAACUAGAACAACAAUUACUCGAAACUCAACUCCAAGUAAAUACUCAAAUAGAUGCAAUACAAAUAGAAAAGCCCACUUUGAAUAUCCAAAAUCCCCCAGAUUACAUCCUCAAAGAUCUUGUUGGCCUAACCGAGAUCGAAAACCAAUAUCUAACAUAUCUUGAAAGCUAACAAAGAUAUUAUGAUGAAUAAAUUAUCAAUCAAACUAAGUCCUCUAAUUUGGCUGGAACUGCAAGAAAACUACAGAAUGUUUAUAAUAAUUGUUAAAUUUGCAAUCAAGGUGUUAGAUCAGAAGAUCCUCUUCUAUCUUGUCAGAAGUGUUAGAUUAUUGUUCAUUAAAAAUGUUAUGGAUUAGAGAAUGUACUAAGUAAUUGGAUUUGUGAUGUUUGCUUGAAUUUUGGCAAUAAAGGAAAGUUCUUGAAAUGUCCUCUCUGUCCAAAAUUAGGAGGAGCUAUGAGACCAACUGCUAUGGCAAUGAAAGAUUCCAUAUUUGAACUAAUUAACCCAUCUUUUCAUACAUAUGCUACCAAUUCCAAAGUUGAUAGACAAAAACCUCCUCCUGAUGGAGAAGAGAAUUAUAAUUUCAUGAUACUUUAAUAUCAACUUGAAAAUAUGACUGGAGAACCACCUAAAGCUGAAAAGAUAUGGACUCAUGUUUCUUGUUCUCUAUGGUUAGAAUUUGAUUUAGUUAAGAUUGAUAAGAGAAAAUUCAACACUUUAUGUAGUAUAUGUAAACAGAAAAAGAAUGGAGCAUGUGUAUCUUGCUCGAAAUCCAAGUGUGCCAUAUCAUUUCAUCCUGAAUGUGCUAGAAGAUAGCAAAUUUAUAUGGAAUAAGAUAACAUCUAUUGUUUUAAGCAUUAGCCUUUAAAAAUCAAGAGAAUAUUUGAUGAUUAACACAAAUAAUGGAAGGAGGAGAUCUAUUCCUUUUUUAAACAAUAUGAGAAAUUAGAAUAAUAAAUAGCAAAUAGACCUAAAUUAAAUGAAGUAGAAUUCUUAAAGUUUGAACUCAAAGCGUAGCAAGAAGAAAUAGAAGCUGAUAUCAAAUAAGAAAAUGAAUUAUUAUUUCAAAGAAUUGCUGAAAUUCUGGAAAAGGAUGAAAAAUUCAUCGUCACUUUCCAAUAAAAUCAGGUUAUAGACAUUUAGUUACCUUAUAAGAGACAAUCUAUCUAUGACAUUGAAGAGGGUGACAGAAUUUGGUAAUAGUUAGCUAAUGAAAAAUACUCAUCUGAAUAGGUGUACAUCCUAUAUCAGAGAGCCAUUAGAAUGAGAAAAAAGAAGAAGUAAGGAAAUGCAAUUAUAUAAUUGUAAAUGCCUUCUAUUUAGGAAUUACCUAACAGAAAAAGACUCUCUAUUUAUUCUAGACCUAAAUACUUUAAGUAUCACAAGAAACAAAAGUAAAAUCGGUCAUCUAAUAAGAAUAAUAAUAAUAAUAAUAAUAAUAAUAAUAAUAAUAAUAACAACAACAACAGCAAUAACAAUACUAACAAUAACAACAAUAACAACAAUAAUAACAAUAUUAAUAUUAAUAAUAAUAAUAAUAGCAUUAAUAUAAGCAUUUAUAAUAAUACUAAUAAUAGAAAUAAUAAUAACAAUAAUAAUAACAAUAAUAUUAUAUCUCUAAAAAUCAAAAUACCUAAGGAGGCUAUCAAUAUACAACAGUAAUAUUGUAUUUGCAAAUAAUAAAAUGAUGACGAGAUGAUGUGUAUUAUUAUUUUUAUUCUUUUAGAGUGUGAAAUUUGCUCAGAAUGGUAUCAUCUCAAAUGCUUAGGAUUCUUGAGCACUGUGGAAGAUGCGCAGAAUCUGUAUUUCUAUUGUUUUAGAUGUGAAUAAAAAUUAAAUCGAGAAUAAACCAAAUAUAUCAAGAGAUAUAAAUAAUAUUUUGUAGAUGCUACAUUUCGAGAUUUAAAAUUGAAGAUAGGAAUGUCCCCCCAUGAGUUAAGAGCUCACGAAAAAAAGAACUAUAAAUAGUUGUCUAAAUGA